UCUCAAAACCCUAACCGUCAUUCCGUUCUCCCCUUUCUCUCUAUUUCGCGAUCACUUCUCUCUGCUUCCAUUCCCUCGUUUCAGCUCAAUUUCACCUGAUUUUCACCUGCAAUUCAACGUUGACAUGCUUAAUUGAACUCCUUUCAUCUUUGUUUUUGCUUCGUUUAUUUGAUUUUGUGUAGGAUCGGUUGCUGCUGCUGCCAGUAUGGCCUAACUUACGUGGCUUUUGCUUGCCGACUGUUGCUGAAGAUUCCGUGAACAAAUGGACUUGGUAUCUAGUUGUAAGAUGGAGCAAACUUCGUUUUAUUAAAGAACUGAUUUGCAUGGAUGGUGAAUUUGUUUUAUUUGGCCCCUCUGCCAAGUUUAGUGUGUGGCUUGUUUUCAUUGAUUGGAUUUUUUUGGUCUUUUGGUUACUUGGCUUACUUCUGACGAAAGAAAAGGGAUGUCUGGAAAAAUUGAAUUCUUUUCGCAUAAAAGAGCUCAAAGAUGUGCUCACUCAAUUGGGACUUUCAAAGCAGGGAAAGAAGCAGGAUCUCAUUGAUAGGAUAUUGUCUAUUCUCUCAGAUGAACAGGCUUCCAAAAUCUGGGCUAAGAAGAAUGCUAUUGGGAAAGAACAGGUGGCAAAAUUAGUGGAUGAUACCUUUAGAAAAUUGCAGGUAUCUGGGGCCAUUGAUUUAGCAUCAAAGGGACAGGGUUCCUCCCCAGAUGUCAGUAAUGUUAAAAUUAAAGGUGAAGUUGAUGAGAUCUUUCAGGAAGAAACAAAGAUUCGGUGUCUUUGUGGUAGUUCGUUGGAAACUGAUCCACUGAUAAAGUGUGAGGAUACAAGAUGCCAUGUGUGGCAGCACAUUAACUGUGUUAUUAUUCCAGAGAAACCUAUGGAACCAAUUCCACCCCUUCCUCAAAAAUUUUACUGUGAACUCUGUCGACUCACUCGUGCAGAUCCGUUUUGGGUUUCAGUGGCCACCCCUAUGUUUCCUGUGAAGUUGACUACAACCCAUAUUCCAACUGAUGGAGCCAACCCAGUGCAGAGUGUGGAUAGAACAUUUCAACUUACAAGGGCAGACAAAGACUUGGUAUCAAGACCAGAAUUUGAUGUUCAGGCCUGGUGCAUGCUGCUGAACGACAAAGUUUCAUAUAGGAUGCAAUGGCCACAAUAUACAGACCUGCAGGUCAAUGGUGUUCCUGUUCGUGUGAUUAACCGACCUGGUUCACAACUGCUCGGGGCUAACGGCCGUGAUGAUGGCCCAAUUAUCACGCCAUAUACAAAAGACGGAAUUAAUAAGAUUUCCUUAACAGGCUGUGAUGCUCGCAUUUUCUGUUUAGGGGUCCGUAUUGUUAAAAGGCGUAGCUUGCAACAGAUCCUAAACACAAUUCCCAAGGAGUCUGAUGGGGAGCGUUUUGAAGAUGCUCUUGCACGUGUAUGUUCUCGUGUUGGGGGUGGAAAUGCAGAUGAUAAUGCUGACAGUGACAGUGAUUUGGAAGUGGUCUCAGAUACUUUUACCAUCAACCUUCGUUGUCCAAUGAGUGGUUCAAGAAUGAGGGUUGCAGGAAGAUUCAAACCUUGUGCUCACAUGGGUUGCUUUGAUCUUGAAAUUUUUGUGGAAAUGAAUCAACGCUCAAGGAAGUGGCAAUGUCCCAUAUGUCUUAAAAACUAUGCAUUGGAGGAUAUCAUUAUUGACCCUUAUUUUAAUCGGAUAACUUCUAUGAUGAGAAAUUGUGGGGAAGAUGUUACUGAAAUUGAGGUGAAGCCUGAUGGUUAUUGGCGUGCCAAGGCUAAGAGUGAAAGUGAACACCGGGAGUUAGGGAAUCUUGUUCAAUGGCACUGUCCUGAUGGAUCCCUGGCUCUUUCUACCAGUGGAGAAGUCAAUGGAAUGGAGGCUUUAAAGCUCAAACAGGAAGAUGUUUCAGACACUCCAACUGGUCUAAGAAUUGGCAUGAAGAAGAAUCAUGAUGGAGUUUGGGUAUUCAGCAAACCUGAGGACACAAAUACCUCAUCUGGCAAUGGAUUGAACAAAGAUUUUGGAAAUCAUGAUCAUGUGGUUAUACCAAUGAGCAGCAGUGACACUGUAAGUGGUCGGGAAGGUGAUGAUCCUAGUGUAAAUCAGGGUGUCGGUGGGCAUAUUGAUUAUUCUCCUACCAAUGGGAUUGAGAUGGAUUCAGUGCCUCACAAUAAUGUUGAUUCAGCUUAUGGAUAUACUGUACCUAACCCUUCUGCUCUGGCAGCUGAUGCAGAAGUUAUUGUUCUCUCUGAUUCAGAAGAUGACAAUGAUAUAUUGGUAUCUUCUACAAUUGAGUAUAAAAAUAACGACACUGGUGCCGCUGAUACUGAUAUUUACUCAAUGCCACAGCCUGGAAUUAUUGAUUCAUAUACAGAUCACAAUCUUGGUGGAAAUCCAUGCUUAGGGCUCUUCAGUAACCCCAAUGAAGAUGAUUUUGGGAUGCCUUCUUCCAUCUGGUCAUUGCCUUCAGGAACUCAGGCUGGCUCAGGAUUCCAGUUAUUUAGUUCAGAUGCAGAUGUCUCGGAUGCAUUGGUCCACUUGCAGAAUGGUGAUUUAAAUGGUUAUACGUUAGCUUCAGAUACUUCUGCUUUGGAAUCCAAUUCUUUGAUACAGGAUUCCUCUGCAGGUCGAUCUGAUGCUGAUUUAAAUGGUGGUUUGGUUGGUGGUUUGGUAGACAAUCCUCUGGCAUUUGCUGGAGAAGAUCCCUCACUUAAGAUUUUUCUUCCAACAACACCACUGGAAUCAUCUGUGCAGCAUGAAUCAAGAGAACAGGCAGAUGUGUCAAAUGGUGUGUGCACUGAUGAUUGGAUCUCUCUUAGGCUUGGAGGUGGUGCUGGUGGAAGUAAUGGUAAUGGUUCUGUCCCCAGUGGGUUGAAUUCCAGAUCGCAGGCUACAUCCAGAGGAGGUGCAACAGACACAUUGACAGAUACUGCUGAGGAAGGCAUUUUGUUCAACUUGCCCUCUGGAUCAGGAAGUAUAGAUACACACACCCUGUGGUGGUUCUUUGCUUCUUGGUAUGAAUGAUGCUAGAUCUGACAAAGCAAGUAGGCCAAGAUCUGACAGCCCAUUCUCGUUUCCCCGCCAAAAACGUUCAAAACUGAAGAAAGCUGAGCAGCGAUAUUGGUGCUCAGGAAAUGGAAGUUGAUGAGGGAAUGUGAAGGAAUCUACUUACUAGCUACAAAUUUGCCCAUCCAAUGUUUUGCCUUCCGGGUGUAUUUUUGGUAAAGAUGUUGCUAUAAAGAUUCUCAAUUCUUGACAUUUGAUAUUCAAAUUGUCCUUACAACACAUGAUGACAGGUCCGUCGCAGGCUAUAUAAUUCGUGUUGUCAACUAGGCAUGCUACAUUGUCUGGAUGGACGCAGUUCAUUUUGAUAUGGUGGGGAGUUCUGCAUUGAGAAUAUUUUAUCUUCAAUUUUGGCUCUGCUGAGAGCAAAUUACCUGUAAAUGUAUAGCCAUCGGAUUCUCUAGUAAAAUAUCAGAAUUCAGAAGUAGGUUUAUCUCAAUCACCCCCAGCUAUAUGCCCAAUUUUGUAAUAUAUGAUUUACCCGUUUGUAAAGGAAACUGGUAGAUAAGUGAUUAAGUGGUACUCUCUCCUUGAAAU